AUGACAACAGUGUUCGAGGGAAUAACAUACUGAAAAACGCGUUUUAGAUGCAAUUCACAAGUUGACAGUUAUUGUUUAUUGUCAAUUAUUUAGUGAAGUACAUAUUGAAGAGGUUAUUGUUUAUUGUUGUGUUUCAAUGUGACUGGGAUCAAUGUGAAUACACGUGGUCCACCAAAAAGUCUUUUUUUACCGCUCAAUGUAUUUGGGGCAUCGGAGGCAAAAUCCUCAAGUUGAUAAAGGAAACCGUCUUAUGCUUCAGAAUUUACUUCAUGACUCACUGUUUGUGCCCUAGCAAGGAGCCAGGGCUGACUGUUUAUCAAGGGCAAAAUGUUGUCCAAAUAUCGAUGUUUACUUUUAAUAUUGUAUUGGAGUAUUGUCUAUGUGGAUUGUGCUAAAGAACCCAAAAAGAAACCCAAAUGUGAAAUUACCACCCCUUACAACUCUGCUUAUAUAUCGGCUUAUCUGAGACAUUUUACAGCGGGAAGAGGUUGCAGCACGAACAAUACCUCUCCAAGUAAACAAGCUGUACAUGUGGUUAAUCUGAAUGUAAAACAACAACUAGCUGAUGGAAAACGAAGUAAAAUUCAUCUCCGGAUUGAACCCCUUACUACAGAAUUGAAUGGUUACAAUUACUAUGGACGACCACUUGUAUUUGUGUUGAUUUCGAACAAGCCUGUGAAAUGGAAGGUAGAAUUUGCAGAUAUUGGAUCAGCCAAAAUAAAACACUUGUUUGUGGUUCCAAGUCAUUCAAGUAUAAGGUUUAAGAAGUCUGUUAUUAAAGUGAGAGGGCGUAAAAUGCCCAUAAAGGAGAAUAUCAACAAGACUGAUUUAGUAAAUUGGGCCAGACGGCGAUUCAAAGCAGUGACAACCUACAGUGAAGUAGAAGGGACCAGUAUAUUCUUUCGUGUUGGAACAGAAGCCGAAUCAGGAAGGAAUUGUGAUCUGAAUGAUUUAAGUGAAACAAAGUUUGUAAUGACAUCAUAUAAAGAUUAUCAGACUAUAACAGGAUGUACCACACAAGGCAGACGACACUUUUUGUCGAAGCCUGUGUAUAUCAUUGAAUUACAACAAGCACCUCAGCCAUCCACCUCAGAGGCCCAAAUAGAUCUAGAAAUCACCUCUUUUAACAACGAAGCACUAACUAAAGAUUUCUACCUCAUUUUGAAGUCCCCAAACCACAUAAAAUGGAAGAUCCGAAGUCGCAAGAUUCAAGGAUGGAUUGACAUAGUGACGGACGCUGAGGCUGAUUUAAAGGAUAUUCGCAUGCAGACGGUGGCAUCAAGACAAGAAAUAAUGACAAAUUUAACAGGCGAUAAACUAAUAGAAUGGGCUGAGAAAUAUAUUGCUGCUGUGGAAACAUAUAUAUCCAUCAAAGUUGCUAAUCAGAUUAAACUUAUUCUGCCAUCAAGUGGUGGGGAAGAAUCAAAGAAGGAAAGAAAUCAGUUGUUUGAUUCAAAUGACAUGAAGGUUAAUCUUCAUAAAAUUAUACAAACCCAAUGUGCUGGUGGUAAAAUGACGAUCUAUAUACCCAACUAUUUAUUACAGGAAUGGGCAUUAGUGAAACAACAGAUAACUCUAUUAGAUAAAAGCUGUGGUGCUGAGCAGAAUGACACACAUAUUAUAUUACAGACAAGUUUAACUGGUUGUAAUACCAAAUAUAUUCAGAUAGAUGAUAAUUAUGUCUUCUCUAAUGCUAUUGUCAUCCAUGCUGCCAGUGUCACUGAUAAUUUGUUAGAAGAUCUCGGAAGUGGUUGGAUGGAUCCGACAGAAAUGUCUGGGUCUGGAACCAAUGAUGACAGUCCUGCUACUUAUGUUGAUGAUGAAGAUUACCAAUCACGUAAAGUUGAAAUAGAUGUCCAAUGUGAACAAACUAUUGCCCCACCUUCAAGAAAGCCAGACACAAGCAUUGUAACAGACAAUACUGAUUAUAAACUAGAGUUGUUUGCAUCAGAGUUCUUCGCCAAUCCUCUAAAAACAGCCUCAUCAUCACCCGUGCCAAUUGCUGUUGAUACAAGAGUCUAUAUACAGGCAUCAAUUAUAAGUGACAUACCGCUUAAGGUAGAAGUUAAGAACUGCUGGCUAAGUCCAUCUGAUUCAAAGGCAAGCAAAAGUUUGAUAGAAAAUGGUGAACAGCUAAUUAUUAAUGGGUGUGCUUAUGAUGAAAGUCUUCACUGGAAUAAUUUCAAUCCUGGUGGAAGUGCAAAUAAACACUACAGACAUCUUGAUCCAUACAGUCGAUUUAGUUUUCCUCUACGUGAUUAUUUCAAUGGGCAGGAUACAUAUCUGUAUUGUGAACUAUCUCAGUGUCAGAUGCAUGUCUUAGACAGCAGUAUUGAUAUACCUCAGUGUUCAGCAUCACCCAGGGAACAUUGUAACCAACAUCUACCUGGAGAAUUAUCACGAGCUGCCAAUACCCAUAAUACAGCUUAUAGUAAGAUACUAGUGAUAGGACCCAUAGCAAUCACAGGUAUCCCACUUUCUUCAGGAGACAAUUCGGGGUAUAAAACAGAUGGAGCCACUAGCUCUACUGAAAGUAAUAAUAAUCAGCCUCAACAAAGUGUUAUUAUAGAGGGUUUAGAUUCGGAGACAGUUGUUGGUAUUGCAUUUGCAGCAUUUGCGAUUGGUAUAUUGUUGACUGGUACAUUGUGGUUCAUACACACACAUACAGGACCAGCCAAACAUGUUUUAAGUUCUCAUGGGUCAACAGAAACAACAGGAGAAAUAACACCAAAUACACAGCUACCAAUGUCUGCCUAGUUUCUUACCAUUACCUCACAAUCAUUUAUGCUGUCGUUUGAGAAGCGCGGCAAUGCAAUUAUCUUCGGAGAUACGGGUAGAUGUCUGCUGUUAGACUGAUAUACUGCUGAAAGUGGAUAAAGCAGACAAAACAGCAUUAAGACACAUAAUGAUUUGUAAUGUUUUAACCCUUGAAACUUUUCUUCUAAAUAAUCUAUUAUUAUAGACUGAAUCGUUAGCCAGCAACAUGAUUCUUUAAUCCUACGCAGCAAUUAUAUAAUUGAACAGUCUUGAUCAAGCGAUAGGAGCCAAAUGAAUAAACACGUAUUAUUUUAUGUGAAAACUAACAGACCGGACUGUCAAAAACCCUAAAUUCUCAGGAGUUCGAAAAGUUAUACUUGCGGGUUUAUUUUACGUGUGAACUAGUGUCAUUCGUUAUUUUAACGGGUGAUAACUGAUUUGUGAAUUUGAAUAUUUAUUAUUCAGUUAAUUUGUUUGUUUCAUAAACAGACGCUUAAUGUGAUUUUACUCAAAAGUGUUGAGCGUAUAGAGGAGGUAACCCCGAGAGGAUUUCUUCAAAUCAAGUGAUACUUAAGGCAGCAGUGAUGGAAGACACGUCUUGACAGACGUGUUUUUGGAAAAGGGUACUCGAUUACCUCGCAGAACACGAGUAAAUUCUUCUUAUUCUCUGUACGUGUAUUGUGUUGUAAAUUACGGGAUUUUGUUGUAGAACUAUUUGAAGAGAAAACCAUGUAUUGUACCCUUGAUACCGGUAUGAAAUAUAUAUAUCAAACAGACAGUGCAGAUUAUAUUAUCUGGGAACUGUAUUUAAUAUGACUAUAACUACUUCAGGGAUUUUGUAUAUCAAUUUGCUGGUUAAAGAACGGGUGAAAAAUAUAACUACAGCUAAAUUUUGUGUGUAAUGGUGGAUGAGUGGCCGAUAGUUUGGCCAGUGCUUUACUUAGGGACAGUUAAACCUUGGGGGUUUUUUUAAAGGAAAAAAAUACACUUCAAUAUCAGUUUUUUCUUUUCAGAUUUUCUCGAGAAAUAAUUAAGAAGAAAGAAACCAAUAUUUUUUUAUUUGUAAAUUGUAACCUGUUACCUCAAAGACUUAAACAUGUAAAGCACAAUUGAAAACAUAAAUUCUAGUUUUGCUGACAGAGUUACUCAGGGUGAAUAAUUUAAAACUAUUUUAGUUUUAGUUAAAACAAAUGAAAAGUCAUAAUCUCAGAUUUCAUUGAUAUGUUGUUUAGUUAAACUAGCUUGGCUUUUGAAUGAAAACAGUUAAAAAGAAAGCGACAGACCCAAAUGAAAUGGGGUUUAACAUCAUACUUUAAAGCACUAACUUGGCCAAUGAAAAUGGGCAUACGUGUCCACCAUGCAAUGUACUAUGAGAGAUACUUUGCCCUGACAGUGGCGCUACUGUAAUAAAUUUGAAGUUUUGUUUAAUUUGCUGAUUGAUUAAGUAUCUAUAUGAUGGUUUUUGCGCAAUGAUUUCCAUAACUGUGGUCCAAGUCAAAUUUUAUGAUUUGGAGAUCUCUUAUAAAUAGAUUUUCAAUUUUAAUUUUCUUUUACAGUUAAACAGUUAAGAAUCUAUGUCAUUGAUAUUUAAUUUUAAAAAUAUCUUUGAAAUCUUGGGGGUUUUCUUCAGAAUAAUUUGGGUCUGUUGCCGACUAUGAAAUAAGCCAUGAUUCACCUGCUAAGUAAUAAUACCAGCUUUUAUACAUGUUAAAAGAGAAAUAAAAUAUUUCUCUCGGUUUUAGCAACAUGAUACUAUGCUGCUAUGUUAACUAAUUUAUUCUUUUAGUAUAUAAAUUCUGUUAAGAGCUGCACCCUGAGAAUUUUGCUAUACAUGUGUACUAUAUAUUAAGGGGGCGAGACAAUGAAUUGUAUAGUGGUAAUAACUAAGAGAGAGGAAAAACAUCUAAAAUCUACUAAUUGUGAACUAUGAGCCUGUUAACUAUUGUACAUUUUACACUGUACUUUCAUUUUGUUGUAAGAUUAAUUAGGAUCAAUUGGUAUUACUAUUGGUGGAAUAAUUAUAGGUAUUUAAUGUUCGAAGAGAAUGCUAAUUAUUGUACUCACCCGGUGAAUUAAAGGGACAUCAGAAGAUAUAGGGUUGUGAGAAAACCCUACAUAGUUUCCCUGGUGGCCAUUAAUCCUAUCCAUUAUUCUCUCAAUAAUCUUCUGAGUUUGGUGUUUUAUUAAAUAUUUAAACACUUUUCUUAAAUUGUGAGCCCUUCACCAAUAUUUAAGAUAAGAUUUUUAGAUCUGGCUUUAUUAAGAAUUGUUUGUAUUAUGUGGGAAUUAGAUGGAAACCACCAGCAAUUGACAAUGUCUGGAUUUUGUCCAGUUAUUCAUUUCCACCAUGAUAAACUUAUGUAAAGUGCAUACUUUAAUAACAUGUAAAAUGGCAGCUGAAAUUAUAAUCUUGUAAUGUAGCAGAUGUGAAGUAAGUUUAUCUACACUAGGCUUAAAGUCAAUUUAUCGUGGAGCAAAAAUGCACAAAAUAGUUUCAAAAUUUAAAGAUCAAAUAAGUUUGUUAAAAGAAGUGUAUUGUGCAGUCCAAUAUGAAAUGAAAUAAAAUAGGGUUAAACGUUCUACAGUUCAGUUCCGACUGGGCUAUUGAAGACAGGCAUAACAGUGUGCUAUGUGGGAAAUUUUGCCCAGACAGUGGCGCUAUAGCCUACUCUUAUAUCAAAUUCUAACUGUCAAGGGAUCUUUUAUGUGCACGCCAAUGUGUACACGGGACUUCUGUUUUUUAUCCUGUCUGAAUGACAUACCUGGUCCCUUGCCAGGCCCUCUGUCCUGCACCACCGACAAGGGGGAACCACGCCGAAAAAUCCUGAUAAACCUUUUCCCCCAAUGCAGGGAUCGAACACGGGGCCCUCCAGGUUAAAGAGCUAACGUCUUACUCACUUGGCCACCUUGGCUCCCCGAGUCCAAUAUGACAUUUCAAAGGUAAAAGAAUCACAUGUAGUACCUCUGACGAUGAAAACAACUUCAAAAAUUAUUUCUCUUUGCGAAAUGGUCUUGGUAUCAUUUCUUACAUUUAAAUGAGAAUUUAAAAAGAGAUUUAUUUUGAUUCUGCAGAUUUUGAUGAAACUGGACAUAAAACGAACAUUUUUGUGAGAAUUAAAUGUAAUUUCUGCUGUUAAUAUGGUCAGGCUCAAAAAUCUAAAUUAAGUGGAAUUUGUGGUAUUUGCAUCGUUAUAUAUAUCCAUGUAUAUAAUAGAUAGAUUUUAUUUGUACCAUGUGACCACUAGGUUUUUUUCUCUCUUUUUGUUGCAUAUUUAUUUCAAGAUUUCAAGACUUGAACAAUUUGAUGUGUGUACACUUGUAAAGUUUUGGUUAAGUUAUUUUUAUUAUUUGACUAUAACUUGUUGAUAUGGUUGACCAUAAGUCUAGCUGGUUCUUAGUUAUUGUUCUUGAUAUAAUUAUUAUUGUAUCUUUUUAAUUUGUAUGCCUUCAUGUAUACUUUUUAUAUGUCUUAUAUGGCUAGGAUUAGAUGCAUAUAUAUAUAUUGGGAUAUUGCUUGCAUCAACAAAUACUAAAGACAGAUAUUUUUUUGAAAAUAAUAAAACAUUGCGACAAAUUUCACAGCAAAGCAUUUGCUUCAGUGACGGAAGAAUUGUUUUACUUAGCCAAAGCUUAAUUAAAUGAGUUCUUCUUCCAGACAGAGAAAGGUACUUGCUUGAUUCGUGUUAUUUUUGUAUGUAAAUAUGUGUUAAUUUAAAGGGGCUAUGUUUUUAAUGAUCAGGAUUUGUUGAUGCAGUUUUAUUUAUUUUUGACAUAAUUUACCUCAGGCCUACAUCCUUACCUCAGUAAAUAAAAGGAAUACAGCAUGCAACGUUCUCUUCUAAUCACAUAUGUCAUCUGGAAAUCACCUCAACUUAUUUCUCUGAUAUUUUCUUUUAUCUUAUAAUAAACUGUGCAGUGUUAGAUCAUCUUUUGAUAUGUAUAAUACCUAUUCUAUUACUUAUCAUUAACAUUGCAUAUUUAAAAAAGUGAAAAUCAAUUUGUAUAUUACUGGUGAAUUAUAAAAUUACAAAUUCGAUUCAUUUUUUUGUGCGAAAACAAAACACUUUGAAAUUAUUUAUGUUGUGAGAAGUAUUGUAAAUGUUAAGAAUUUUAUUUUUGUAUGCAAUAAAAUUAGUGCUAAAAGAAGAAAUAAAUUUAAAAAUGGUGAAAUAUAAUUAGGAACCAUAUAACGUGGUUGUAUUCCUUUCAUUUUUAUCAGUGCAUGAACGAAUCUCCAUAAUACUGUGUUUUGUAUCUUAGUAUACCUAAUUCAUUUUUGUCAACAACAAUGAUAUAUCGUUAUUAUUAUUAUUUUAUUAUCUAUUACAUUGAUAGGUAUGUAUAUUCUUUAUCCAUUUUUAAGUCAAUUUUGUAAAAUAAAUUAAGAGAAAAUUCUCUGUAAUACAAUUUUAAAUUGAGAAAACAUGAAAUGAAAUCAUCAAAUAAAUGGUAAAUUCUAUAAUGAUAAUAGUUUAAAUUAUUAAUCAUAUAUGGUUUUUAUAUAGGAAUUUUAUCCUGGUAAUUAAUUGAGAGAAUAUUAUGUAUUGGUUUAUAAUUUUACACUUAAAUCUUUGAUAUUUUUUUCUUAACUAUCAUUUUGUAGUUUUUGUCCACUGCCUUUCGAAGAAAGAGGGGUCUAUUAAAAUGGUUCGUCCAUCUGUCUGUCACAAUUUUUGGGACACAUAACUCUACUUCUAAUUGAGGUAGAAUGCUCAAACUUGGUGUAGAUGUUCAUUUUAUGAAGGCAAAUAAGUUUGAUUCUAAUUGAGUGAGUGAUGAAUCUUUGUGUAUAGUUUCAUUAUAUCCAUACCUUGAUUAAGUUUGAUUAUUAACAUUUUCUACACAGGUCAUGAUAAACAGUUUAAUUGAUAAAUGCUUUAUAAAAAGAUAACAGGUGCAAGUUGUAAUUAAUGAGUGUCAUCUGUUUAUUUUGGGAUUGAGGCAGGGGACGUCUCACUGUUGGUUUGUUAACUUUCAGUAUUGAUAACAAAUAUUUUCUUUGAUAAUUUCAUCUUUCAUGAUCUUUUGGAAUUCUUCGAAAAGGUGUUCUGCUAUUUAAGUUGAAUCGAAUGCAUUUAGUGUCGUGUUUAUACAACACAAUAUUUGAUGGCGGUCAAAAAUCUCUCUUAUAAAAAUGUGCCAUUUUACCUGCUGUCAAUGAUUGAUACAGGUGAUUGUACCUGUUGCCAAUGAUUGAUAUAGGUUAUUUUACCUGCUGUCAAUGAUUGAUGCAGGUUAUUUUACCUGCUGCCAAUGAUUGAUAAAGGUUUUUUUUACAUGCUGUCAAUGAUUGAUAUAUGUUAUUUUUAAAAUUAUUUGUAGGGUCUUUUAUUACAUACCUCAGUAAACAUUAGCCAACAGUUGUUGAGCAGAAUGAAUUCUAUAAUUUUGAUUGGUGCAGAUGAAAAUCUCAACAAUGAAAUACGCAAAUGUGAUUGGAAUUCAUAAAGAUGCAUUAUGUAAGAUUUAGAUAAAGUGCUGCCUGCUCUUGGUAUAACAGUUGCAAAAUAGAUAUUGACAAAUGAAUAUAUUGAAAAUUUCAGUCUAAUUACUUUAUUCUGAGCAAAGUUAUGAAUGUUUGUCAAGAAAUGGCAACAAUAGUCUUGAUUGUCAAGUACAAUUGCUACGAUAAUAAAGAUUAACAUUUACGAGAUAUUGCAGACAUUGACUAAUCCACUUAAUAUCUAGGCCAUCCAAUGGGCUUGUCAUGUGAAUAAAUGUCUAAAUAAUAAUUUAUAUAACAUUUGAAGCUGGAAAAUAGACUUGUAAUAGGCAGAUUUAGCUCUUGCACAAUGCAUCUUUAAACCCUGGCAUUUAAUAUAGGAGAAACUAUAUGGAAGAAGCAGAUUUUGUGUCAAAUAGAAACAUUUUUCAAUAAAAUUUAUUAUAUAUUACAAAGAAAUGAUAUCUUCUCAUGGUAGGAUCCAAAAUUUUGUAACCCUAAUUAUCUUGAUUUUGAUUUGUACCAAUUUAGUCUAGAAUUUGAAUGUGCAUCUAUGUCUCGUGCUUAUCUGGUUAGUAAGUAAUACUGAUAAUGUCAAAUGAUACUUAGUCUUGGGGUUUGCUGUAUGUGACAUUUUAAUCUGAGGCAUAAUGUUCUGGUGUAAAUAUCUUAAUAACUCAGGUACUCUCUAACCAUAUAAUGUAGUUUUAUUUCAUUAUCAGGUUGCUUUUUAUUUUUCAUGUCUUAUAAGCCCAUUUCUCACAAUAAAUGUUUUAAUAGCACCAUUGUUUUUUGUGAAUUAAACUGACUUAGAAUAGAUUGAACAAUAUCAUUGCUGGCAGUCUAGUAUUUACUGUGAGAAACAGGUUUCAGACAAUCAUGUUCAAAUGCAUGUACAUUUCUAUUUCCUUUUCCCUUAAUAGUGUCUCCACGUGCCAAAAUAUUGAAACAACUUAGAAAAGGGAAACUGGGGGUUAAAGUUUGGAUUUUUUUCCAUGAAAUAAUAUAAUCUUUCAGUUUGAAUAGACUUUCUUCUUUUUUUUUUACAUUACUAGAAAAAUAUUCAAUUUAGAUUAAUUACUACUUCAAAAACAUAAAUAGUUAUGAAUAAAAUAGAUAAAAUUGUUAAAUAAAGAUGUUAGAUAUAUUUUGUGGGUUCAAUUUAUGUUAAAUGCAUAAAGAUGCAUUGUGUAAGAUUUAGAUUAAGAUCUGACAGGUAGUUUAAAAAUUGAUAUAUUGAAAUUUUCAGACAAAUUACUUGUUUCUGAGCGAUGCUCUGAUGCUUUAAAGUGUUCAAAAUAUAGUAUUGAUUGUCAAGUACCAUUGUCACGAUAAUGAACAAAGUCUCACUUAUCAAGUUUAAAUUAAUUUGUUAAAUGGCAAUCAUGAUUCAAUCCAUUGAAAAUUGCAACCAUCCGAUGAUCUAUAGAGUUGAUUAUUGGCUUGUCAUGUUAAUGAAUGUCUAAAUAAUAGUUUAUAUAACAUUUGAGGCCAACAUAAAGACCUGCAAUUGGCAGAUUCAGCUUGUACAUAAUGCAUCUUUAAUGAGGAAACUCUUAUAUGCAUUGGUAAAUGGGAAAAUUGAAAUUAUGAAUUUUAAUUGUAUAAUUCUUUUUAUUUAUCGUGACUCUUCAACACAUUAAAAGCGAAGUUUUAACAGAGUCUUUUACUCUUAAGAUAAAUAAUUGUUAUUUUUAAAGAUUAAAUAUUAACUAAAAUGAAAAAAUCUUGACCGGUAAUUAAUCUUGUUGUUUGUUAAAGUAGAAAUGAUUUUAUUGAUUGUUAGUAAAAUGGCUAAUUAAAAUUAAAAAGGGCAUAUAUAUAUAUACUCUUUUACUUAUUUAUUUACUAGAAUUGUUGUUCUAGAUGUCAUUGAACAAAUUAAAAAUGAAAUUUUAUCCACGGAUGAAUUAAAACUUACUAUUAUAUAAAAUAUAACAUUUAUUUUAUAAGCUAAAUUGAUAUUGUGUUAAAACCAUUAUUGGAGGCAGGAAAAUUCAGGGUAUACAUUUUCUUAGUGUCUGUAAUCUUGGAUUGUUGAACUAUUUAGUAAAUUAUUGAUGUAAUUUAGUUGGCUUGAUGAGAAGUGCUAAUUUUCAUAAUAAAUUUACAAAGAUGCAAAAUUUGUUUGUAAUUCAUGUGGAUUACAAAGGGAAGUUACCCAUAUUUGAAUAAUUAAAUUAAAAUGAGUACUUUACUCUUAAAAUGUAAACUUGAUGAAUUAAAUGUGAGAUAAAAAUGGCAUUAUGAUUUACAAUUAUGUUACUUCUAAACUUAAAUUUGGAAGGUUUUUGAAAAGUUAUUUGGAUAUAUUAAGUCAAUGACAUUGAAGAAUAAUUUAAAGAAGCUUUGUAAAGAUUGAUGCUUUAUCAAUGGAUAUCUUCAGACUUUCUUCUUUUCAAUUUAAAACAAUGUCGACUUAAGAGUGCAUUGGGGUUAAUAUUUAGAGCACAAGACAACUUCUACCAUUUUUUUCCAAACAUUUCUUCGACAUCUGACAGAUUUUACAAUAUCCACUAAUAAAUGCAUAUUUUGGGGCUGUCCUAACUGCCCAAAACCGAGAUGGGGAUAAAAAUUUUGUGGUUUUAGUUGUCGAUGUAGGUUGUUUCUAAGUUCCUGAUAACUUACAGAAGACAUUUUACUGUAUCUAAUUCUAUUCAUUAUUAUGUACAUAAUUUCUUUCCCCAUCAUACUUGUUCAUUAUAUGCAUGUCUACAACAUACUUUUUUUCUGGUGCAUUUUACUGGUUCAGUUUCUCAUAUAGAGCACUUUCAAGGUCUUAAAUAAUUUCAAAUAGAAAUUUUGAUAAAAUAAAACCAUUUCUACCAUAAUUUUCAGAUUAUAAACUUCAAAAAAUGAAACAUUGCUAAACAUUAGACCACUAUUCCUCAGUUGUUAUCUUUCUGAGGCACACCUUAAAACUAUUUUCAAUACGUAUUUAAAAGGCAGCAUUCUAUUUAGCUAGUAUAAUUACCAGAAGAAAUAGCUGUGAGUGCCAGCAGUUGUGAAACGUAUAUUAAUCUCUCACCAUCUCUAUAGAUCAUUCAUGUGUUUAUUGUCAUUGUACAUUAAUUAACAAUAAACUGAAUAAAAAAAAUGUUGUGU